ACCAGCAGCACUCCCCGCUAAAUUUGGCUAGUGUCCAGUUUCCGAGCAAUUUAUCUUACGGAUGUUUUGAUUUGCAUCGCCUGCACCGGCACUUUGAUGAAUCUGCUCAGCCCAGAAGGAAACAUUCUGUUGCCUUCCUUUUGGGCAUCAAAAUAACCCAUGUCAGUGUGUGGUGUCUAACUCUCGCUGACGAUGUCCUACGUUCUAAUCGUCUGCCACGAUAAGAUCCUCUCUUCUACGAUCGCUGUCGUCCUUGCCAUCGCCACAGUAUGUGUUCUGUCAUUCGGAAUCCUUUCCGGCAUCACUGUCAUCGGAUCUUUCAUCUGUGGUGGCAUUUGGAUGCAACUUUUUCGUCUGGCUAAUUUCGAAAUACCAAACUUGUGGUGCUCGCGAACGACGAAGCAGACUGCAGCCAAAAACCGAUGUUCGCGGUGCGAGAAGAUUGGCUGUCAGGUCCACGACUACAUACUCUUCCCUUGGAAAGACCUCAAAAUUCCCCAAGAAGUAGACAUCGCCUUAGAAGACCUUCUUGAGCGUGUCUUGAAGGAGUACGUUUACGCAUGGUACAGAGAAGUGAGCUGCGAUGAAGCUUUCGUGCACGAACUCAGACUGGUCCUUCGCCACUUGUUAUCGUCCUUGUACAGGCGUAUGGCAAGGAUCGACCUCGUCCAGCUGAUAACGGGGAAAGUGACACAGGUGGGACUGGAACACCUCGACUGUUACGUCAAGUCUAAGAGAGUGGCGCCAGUAUCUGCUAACCUCGAACGGUUUGUUCUGAGUUGUCUCGGGAGUGAUUUGCACGUCGCAUUAUCCAGUCGUGACGCUGAACUUGAGUAUUUGAGACACCUAACAGAACUGCUAUUGAUGCACUUGGUGCCAGCGAGAUACCGUAAAUGCAAGAGUGCCCGCACCCUGAUUCGUGAAGUUCUAAGUGGGACAGUUCUCCUGAAAGCGAUGGAUAUUGUGGCCGAUCCGGAUAUCAUCAACCACGUCUUGUUACUCUUCUUCGAUAAAACACCUAUGGAGAUUUUCCCACUGGAUCAGUAUGAACCGGUAGAGUUUUUGGACCAUUUUGUGGUCUCUAACGCUCCGGCUUCUGCCCUCGUUCAGCCGAUGGACUUGAAGACACUUUUGAAGAAUGAGAAAUUGAAGAAUGCCUUUGAAGAUUUCCUCCGCGAUGAGGCCGCAGAACAUCUCCUCGGGUUCUAUCAUGCACUAGACGAUUUCAGCGACAGGAUAUUGAACCCAGAGUUGACGAGUGCUCAACUGAAAGCUCUUCAUGACGAGGCUGAGUCAAUCUACAUGCAAUAUAUGGGUGACAGCGCACUGACUCGCGUCCCGAUUCAGUCUACAGAAAGGAUUAGGGAAGUACUGGAUCUGCCUGCGGAAGAAAUUAUCACGCUGCAGAAGACUACUCCACUCUUCGAGGCUUUUGAAGAUCUCUACGGGAUUUUUGAGAAAAUAAUUUUGCCUCUGUUCUUCCAAAGUGACCGUUACUUCGAAACGAUGUGUCAAACACGGUCUCAGAAAGAAUGCCAGAAGAAGACAGACAAAGCAUUUGGCAAAGGAGGAGAUUCUUCAGCGGUAGCCAAGCUAAGCCACAAGAUCCGCGGAGCAUUGUGGGUGAACACUGACGACGGAUUUGAAGAGGACACGGUGGAGCUAGCCCAGCCAGCCCUUCGAGCAGAAGGGUACUGCAUGGACGACGAUCCGCGACUAAAGGAUUUAAGCGCGUGGAGGGUCUCGAUACCUACCGUUGAAACAAGAGUAGACAUGAGUCACAAACACUAUUCUGUCUACAUAAUUCAAGUCCAGCGUAUCGACGUCACAGACACAGAUACCCUGGAAGAUCUCAAGUGGUGUGUCACCAGAAAGUAUGAGGAGUUUUAUAUCUUGGAAGUAAAGCUGGUGGAGUUCCACGGCGCGCUGCCCGUGGAUCCAUUACCGCCAAGGCGUUCCGCUAACAGGCGCCAACACACCCAAACGUAUCGAGCAGCAUUCGAGAAAUACCUGCAGGACCUGCUCGCUGUUCCACUCCUGCGUGGGAGCGAACUGUUGUAUAGGUUCCUGAAGUCUGACGACGAAUUUACGACGGGUUUCCUGCCGGACAUAAAGUUGGGCAGGAUGUUUCGUACAGUUCCCAUGAAGUUGGUGAAAGAGAAGGGUCAACACCUUGAACCAUUUCUUCAGGCCUUUUUAGCCUCAACGGAACAGGCAAGACCAAAACCGCUUGCCGAGUGGAUCGAGAGUUCCGAACCGAGGUCAAAGGCACGACGACAGGACUCUAUUUAUGGGAAUGGGACUGGGAACGCGCUGCUUCGAACUAUGUUGGUCAAUUCCAAGGUGCAGGGACCACAGUCUGCUUACGACUGUGUCAUAUACCUUGCAGAGUCCAUUUUCUCCGCUCUUCCUUGGACAAUGCGGCUGCUGCGUUCAGUCGCCCCAUUCCUGCGUCACACCCUGCAGGGUGCAGUCGAGCGCUUUUUAGCUGUCAAACUAGAGCAGGCAUUAGCGCCCAAGCGAAUAGCAAUGUUGCUGACAAUGUUGAAGGAGGCAAUUUUUGAGGAUGGUCAUAACUUGAGAACAGACGACGAGAAGCGGGCACGUGCGCAAGAGACAAGAAAGGAGUUGCUGGAGUUUCUUCCUACGAUGCUGGUGAGACUCAUCGGGAAGAGCAAGCACGACCAGGGGAUUAUGAUCAUUAUGGACGCGCUGCAGCACCCGUUGCUGAACAAGCAUCUGUCUUAUGUCCUCCUUGAUGUGCUAGUCAAAGAACUAUUUCCAGAACUAAAUGAAUAGUAACCGCAGUGAACCUGGUGGUUACCCGGGAGGUUUGCUUCCUUCCGAGACAUUGUGUUGCAGAAUAGGCAUAUCAGAGGGACAGAGCUUGGGUAGGUGCAGCUUUUAUUUAGGAAUCUUGGGGGACCACCUUUAUCUUUUAAAUCGUUUGAGUUUUGUUGCAAUAGUCGUCUUAGAGAGACCAGUGAUAUAACUAGAACACACAACUCUGGGGGUACUAUGCUCCCACAAAAGGUACCUUUGUACGGUUAGUCUCCUUAGGGGUCGCACCAUAUAUUUGCGGAGCUAUUAAGCUGAUGAGCUAGUAAUUGCGCAGUUAUUUACAUGAUCCUUGACAGGUGUUUUGAAGAAUCUCUCGAAGGCUUCGAGCUUAGCAUACAAUAAACCGCCAUGUACAGCUAAAAAUUCGUGGUUUUGUCACACACAAUAUGACCCUUCUGCAACCAAACUUAAUUAUCUCACACUCUGCUUGUAGGUAUCCCCUUAAUUUCCGGAUUGUUCCUCUACCCUGUUUCUGGAUAAGCGAAUGAUGAAAUUGCAAUCGGGAAAACAAUGCAAUUUUAAUUCACACAUACGAUGCUUAUUGUCUGCAUGACAAAUGUUUCAGUAGAAUACUAGGUCCCCAGCUAGCAAAACUAAAAGUUGAAACAUAAAUGUGAACAUACUCUUAAUUUUGGUAGUCUUGCAGUUCGCGCAUAGUUUGUCUUGGUGUAUGUUUUACGGGAGAAGUAGCAGUCUUAAGUAGUAACUAAGUAAUUUGGAAUUGUAACCAGUUACCCCUUUUCAGUAAAUACUAGUUCUAGGAAGAUAACUUUUAUGGGACACAAGGAAUGAGUUGCCAAUUUUUUGGUGAAAGUAAUCAUGCGGCUCACCAACUAGCCCAUGACUGCUCUUUUUCUCUGCUUGUACUAUAAUUCCUGGCCCUUUUGUUACACACAUCAAACUUUGAUCAUAGGUUCAUCAACUCAACUCGAUUCAUAGGUUGUGGGUUGAAGCCCAACCAAGGAUGGCAGCACCGGCCAUGUCACACAUCAUUGUGCUUUUCUCGCAACAUUUCAACGAUACGCUUUAUUUUCUGCCGACUGACUGAGCUUGUACGUGUCAAACGCUGAUGUGUAUAAAGCGUGACACUUCUAUUUUAAAAAUUGAAUUUUCGGUGGCGCGCUGGGUGGAUGAGAAAUUAUGGUAAAUAUGCUGCGCUGAAGAAGUUCAUGACAAUCAGUGUGUGUCGAACAUUUUUAUUAUAUCUUUUUUUCACUCAUCUCCGAGUCUGACCUCAACAGAGAUAAUUGCACUUUUUCUGCAAAAAUGUAGGGCAAACUGUGUUACAUUCUCUCGUAACUAUAUAAAUAUGUACAGCGUUGUGACAUCUCCCACUGCAGAAUGCUCGCGUUGUUCCUCAAUGCUCCCUCAAAAUUACUCAUCCCUAUCUGAUGUACUGCAACCUGGUCAUGAAACUAACAACAAACUGUCCUAUGUUAGGUUUUGUAUCGAUGACACUUGGCUAGCUAAGCUCGCUCGAGGAAAUAGGUAUAAUUAUAAAAGUGUAAUGCAACUUUUAUGUACAAUAUUUUUACCACAUGCAUCGUGAAUGGCCUAAAUGCCCACUACUCCCACACUAUAUCUGUGGAACGGAAGUGUCUUUCUUACAAGCUUCGCAAACUCUCCACAGGGUGAAAAAACAACAAAUGGCCCCGAAGGCCUUUCCAGAAUAGAGGUGGCGUUAAAAAAAUAUAUGCAAUCGGACCACAGCAACAGAGAGAUUUAUGCUGGUUGUCGUCGUUUUACUUCCGCUGCCGAAUGUCUUGACCCUCCUUUUGGUCCGAGAGGUUUUUGCUGCAAUGACAAAAGUGGAAAACUUUUUAAUCUCCACCUACGUACAAAGAUAAAAAAUAGAGUAAGAUUUUUUUCUUUUUUGCAAAAACCACGAUAUAUCUACCCCACAGGCUGACUUUACUGAUUAAUAAAAGCAGAUAUGAAGAUAACAAGAGACAUACUUUUCCGGGUUCUGGUCUGUGUCAGAUUCCUCGAAGUCUGGCUUUACCCUCUUCUUCUCGUAGACAAAGAUGAUGGCACACAACACGGCGACCUCAACACAGAUACCCAAGAAGGGCCACAGUGCAGCCAGCUUAUCUGUGUCAGAAAGUCAAAUGAUAAGUGUGCAUCACACUAAAAAAAUAUGCUGGCUUGUGAUAGUUGGUUCUGUCUCCUUUAUACACUACUAGGUGACACAUGCAUAGUAUGCUUAGGGUUUUUCGUUUUCAGGUUUUACGAUUUUUCAAAUUCGGGAGGGAAAAAUCGGGUGCUAAUUACGCACGAGAAUUCUGGGAGAAACCGGGAGCUAUGAUCUUGAUGUGUCACCGGGGAAAUUUUUGGGUGAAACGAAAGGCAUAUGGAACAAGCCACUGCUGUGGCACUGGGACAAGAAACAAGAAUCUUUACAUUUCCGCUCGGAACUGGGGCAGUGAACGACGACUGUAUUCAAACGCUUGCCCGAGCUCUACAAAAACUCGUCUUUGACUCCUGCGGGAGGGGAUCAUAAAAGGAGGACAAAUAGGUUGUCACAAAUAGCCCUCUUUGCUGAUAUUAUGAUUCACUUUCCUGACAGUUUACCGAGAACAACAAGUUGAAGAACUGCAAGGAUUUCGGGCAGAUAUCGGGUUUUACCUGAAUUCUUGAAAACUUGUUCAGGGGGAAACUAUCGUGAAAAAUCGUGUUUAACCUGAAAACGAAUAGCCCUAAGUAUGCUGUUGUACAGAGUUACUUCAUUAUCCUCUAAACCAGCGGUCCCCACGGUUUUGUGGUUUUCUGAAGCUUGCCUCGAACAACAUUUCUAUGCAAGUGCACAGGCCAUUCUGUAGCGUUAAAAUUAUAGUAUUUGGGCUGCAGUAGGUUCCUCUAAGUCGUGCAGACAUGAUCGUGUGUCCCGCUGAAUAGCGUAAGUUGAGAAUCAUUUUUCCAAACUUAGCUGUAGCUUCUAACGCGCAACAGACAAUGUCACCAAAAGUGCUAUCAAACAUGUCAGUUACAGUAAUGCUCGCCGUACUGAUGGUUAUUGUGAAGAUUAAAUAUGUGUAGGCAUAGCCUCCUAUAUACUAUAUAGGAAGUAUAUAGGAGGCUAUGGUGUAGGCGUACACGAGGAGACGCACCUUUGACUCGCACCAGGAUGGUGAUGGUGUCGUUGCCAACAACAUUGCUGGCUAUGCAAGUGUACUGGGCGCGAUCAUCAAAGUUUAGGUUUUGAAUGCUCAGCUUGGCAUUGGAGACAUUCUGCCACGCUUCCAAAGAAAUGCGAGAGUCUGACGUGUUCAGUGGUUCAUCAUCUGUGAGGGAAGGACAGUCUGUUACUGUUUCAAGAACACCUGUGCUGGCAACGAGGCUAAAAUGAUGCUGUCUAUUUGUACUGUAGCAGCAUUCCUGUACGUCAGAAACAAGUGUACAUACCCUUGAGCCACGUUAUGGUUGGAAGGGGCACACCAGAUGCUUUGCAGUACAGCGUCAGUGGAUCACCUUCUACCUGGUUCUUCGAGGUUUCAGAAAAUUCGAUAGACACGUUAGCUGAAAAGGAACGCAACAUUCUUCCGUUAUUUGGAAUUCUGCGUACAAAAUAUCGGUGCAUCUGAGUAAAGUCCUCUGGUGACCUGCUACGUACGGCCACAUCUUAAAAGGGCCGCAAACAGGUAUACAAAGUGCAUAGUUCUCAGCGUUAUGUUAUUGCAACUUAGGCAGUGGAAGCUCCUCGCAAUUACCAGCGCUCAAAACAAAAAGGCGCUUUCAUACGGAUGAAAUAUUCGCUGCACUCUUUCACUUUUAGCUCCGCCCUGUGCACCAACUUUACGUCAUUUUGACGUGGCGCUUUCCUCCCCAAUUACGAUCCAGGGUUCCACGUACUAUUUUAUUUCACUUGCAGAAAUGGGACUAGAUGAAUGUGGGUCUUAUUCUAUUCAAAACCUAAACAGUUACAACCUCAAACUGGAAAAGAAAUGUGUUCAAUUUAGAUAUCACACGUGCACUACGUUUUCCGUGCAGUAGCACACCGCGAGCGCGAAUGAACAUCCGGCGUUACAGUUCCAGAUACUUAAGUAGGUGCGCGAUGGGUCAUCUUGGUCAUCUUCGAACGGUUCCGACGACUGGGCUGCCGUACUUUGGUUUGAGCCACGCAGCAUCGCGUCACCAGCUCACGUGGCAAAGUAGUUAGCGUGUUGGUCAUGUCCCAUUGUGACUGGGAGGUACCAGGGUUCAAAUUGCGUUAUAUGAUAACAGCCAAAGAUGUUGGAGAUGUCAUGACGCUGAAUUUUGGAACUUCGGAGCACAAAAUGUAGUUCCGCAGAAACAAACGAAGCACUCCACCUCACAGCUGGUAAUGAAGCCCGUUUAUGGGCUGGUAAUUUGAAACGUCAUGUUCGGAGCUCGGUCCCCCGGUUGGAUGGCAAAAGGCUACGUAUCCAUGUGACAUGGUGGAGAGAGGCGUGUUAGUUACUCAUCUUUGAAAGCAUUUAUAUGGGUCACCGAGCUGGUACGAGCUGAACGAAAUGUAUAUUUGGGUAUAAUGACCCGCAUUCUUUCAUGGGGUACCACUCUCAUUCCUGGGGGUACCGCGGCGAUGGGCAGGCGUGCAGAGUAGGGAAAUGGAGGGCGGCGACAGAGAAUGGGUGGAGCAGCCAAUGACCCAGGUGAAACACAGAAGGAGAUAGAUUCAUCACAAGUAUCACAUAUGCACUCACUUCUGACGACUAUGGUGGCAUUCUGUCCGGCAUCUGCAAUCAUGCAUGUGUAAUUCGCAGCAUCGCCAUAGUCAGGGUUACUGACAAUCAGCAUGUGGUUGUCGCUGUUUAUGCUGUACCGUGUGUCACCUUCGAUUUUGCUACCGUCCUUGAACCUGAAAUUAAUGCAGAAGCAUGGUCUAAGCACGUCCACACGAUUUCUAAAAAAAGCUCCGCAUGCAGUGUUGAACAUCAGGCCCCAUAUGACUUGCAAUGGCCACACCCAUCCAGCAUGUUGCCCCUGGCUCAUAUAAUGUGUGCAUUCUAUUGUGUAUCAUUUAUCCCAAUCCUCCACAUAAUAUCUUUUGGAGUAUGUUGAAUAAAUAAAUAGCUGGAAUAAUUGUGUCCUUUAGGGACGCAUUAAUUACCAAAGGACAUCCUUG